GAGGGACGGCCGAGGACGUCAUCAGGCAGUCCCGUGCCGUCGGUCCAAACGACCUGAACUCUGAAUGAACCACUUAUUAAUGGCAUUUGCGUGCUUGACGGGGGAAUAAAUACGGGUGAGUGGUCCUAGUGCAGCUCACUCUUGCCCAGCCUCUGUUCUACGAGCAGUGCAGUCUCUCCUGUCAAACCAGCUUCCACCCGCUCCACUAGACCCUCUCGGCACCAACAUGCUGCAGGAAGUUGUGGCGUAUCUUGUCUUUCCCGGCUUUCUGAUGGUCCUUUCCUGGAAACUGUGGGGUCGCUACGCCACCCCGUCAGACCCAGCCUGCGCCCUGCCGCUCCCCCAGGGAACCACGGGCCUUCCGUUCAUCGGGGAAACUUUGUCCUUCGUAUUGGAGGGUGCAGAAUUCUCCCGUAAGCGGCAUGCCUUGUACGGAGACGUCUUCAAAACCCACAUCCUGGGCCGCCCGACCAUCCGCGUCCGCGGCGCCGACAACGUGCGCAAGAUCCUCCGGGGAGAGAACGACAUCGUGGGCACCAUGUGGCCGGACAACUUCCGCAUGGUGCUGGGGACGCAGAACCUGGCGAUGUGCGGCAGCGGGCCGGUGCACAGGCAGAGGAAGAAAACCGUCAUGCGGGCCUUCCGUCACGACGCGCUGGCGAUCUACACGGACAGCAUGCAGGCCAUGAUAGCCGACAUCCUGCGGGGCUGGUGCAGGGGACCCCAGCCUUUAGCAGUCUACCCCGCGGCUAGAGAGAUGAUGUUCCGCCUCGCCAUAGCCGUGCUCGUCGGCUUCCACCAAGAUGAUGAAGAGGUCAGGAGAGUUGGACCGUUGUUCAGGACCGCAGUCAAGAACAUGUUCUCCCUGCCACUGAACGUCCCAGGAAGCGCCCUCAGAAAAGCUCUGCAGUGUCGCCAGCAAAUCGACGACUGGCUAAAACGUCACAUCCACGAGAAGCAGGCGCAGAUCUGGAGCGGAGAGGUCCCGAACGACGUGCUGUCCUUCAUCAUCAGCAGCGCUAAGGACGACGGGGAGGCCGUGGAGCAACAGGUCAUGCUCGACACCGCGGUGGAGCUGCUGUUCGCCGGGCACGAGACCACGUCCAGCGCCGCCACCUCCCUCAUCAUGCACCUGGCGCUGCAGCCGCAGGUGGUUCAGAAGGUGCAGGAAGAGCUGGAGAAGCACGGGCUGCUGCAGCCGGACCAGCCUCUGAGUCUGGAGCAGGUCGGCAGGCUGACGUACGUGGGGCAGGUCGUCAAGGAGGUGCUCAGGCUCAGUCCACCUGUAGGGGGAGCCUUCAGGAGGGCCCUGAAGACAUUCGAGAUUGGCGGAUUCCAGGUUCCUGAAGGAUGGGCCGUCAUGUACAGCAUCAGGGACACGCACAGUGCGUCACAGGUCUUCUCGUCCCCAGAGCAGUUCGACCCGGACAGAUGGGGGGCUACGAACACCACCGCCACCCGGUACGACUUCCUGCCCUUCGGCGGCGGGCCCCGCGCGUGCGCCGGGAAGGAGUUCGCCAAGCUGCAGCUGAAGUUGCUGUGCGUGGAGCUGGUGAGAGCGUGCCGUUGGGAGCUGGCGGACGGGAAGGUGCCCGAAACAAAAACUGUCCCCGUCCUCCAUCCCACCAACGGACUCCCCGUAAACUUUGUCUCUUUGGAUGACGUCACUACCAAACAGGAGGGUGCAGACGGAUCUUCUGCCUCUGCGCAUGCUCUGAUUGUGAACACCGACCAAGUCACGAUCAGUGACGCCUAUCUGGACAUGGACACAAACGGUAACCUGUACCCCACUAACGUGCAAAACUCCCCGGACACUGUGACUGUCGUGGGACCGGACUUGUCCUGCAUGGUCUAAAUUUUCAUGGAGUGUAGACAGGCGAUUGUUAGUAAGCGACGUUCGCACACGCACGCCACCCAUACACGCACUCACACACAGGCAAACACUCACGCAAGCACGCACUUCAAGUUCGGCUUAUUCUUGAUCUAAAACUUUCCAACAUAUCAUACAUGCACUUUUGUGUAAAAUGCACACUUAUAUAGACCCCAACUCACACAGAGUUGUAUUCUGCAUCAUAAAAUGUUGUAACUUGAAACUCUAAUUUAUCUCUUGUAAGGAGGCAGAGUUUGGGCCAAAUUUGCCACACCAUAAAAAUGACAUCUAUGUGUGCUAUCCAUAAAAAUGGUAAGGAUUCAAAUUCAGGCAUUUAUGGUACGUGCAUAACUUGUGAACAUGAUAUUGUGCUGAUGACUUGAUAAUGAAAAGUUAGACCGAUGCUUGAUGAAUUAAUGUACAUUGUAUGCUAUUGAGCGAUGGGACGUAAUUAAAUAGCCAGUAUAGUCUAGUUGCAUGCCAAUCAAUAUUUAUUCAUAUUAUAUAUAUAGCACAAAACUGUUUAUUUUCUUACCACACCACUUAUCUAUAGGGAUCGUUAUAUUAUACUUAUAAAUUAUGGCAUCAUUGAUGAUGCUAGGUUGUGGACAAUUACUGCGGUAAUGAUAAUUGUGGAGCGGCAUGUCUAUUUUUGGGACAAUGAUCCACUUGGAUAUAAAUGUUAUAAUAAAGUUAUAAAAAUGUUAUAAUAAAGUUAUAAGCCAAUAUAUCAGACAAGUCUGUGUAUUUUUUCUCUCUUACUUUGCACAGGGUGGAAAAGCAACAGAAGGGCUUAUCAAAGAAUUAAAGCAGCCAGGUGGAAAUGCAAACAAAACAAAUGCUACAUCAUGGUAUACCAGAGGUAGCCUGGUUACCAAACCUAUUAUAGCUCCCGAGUCCUACAUCCUCUCCGCAAAUAGUAAUUACGAACAUUUCUUAAAAAUUGUCAGAUCAGCCCACCAACAUUUUCAACAAUUUGUGAACGAUUGAUUGGACUAUGCCUGUAUCCUGAAGGUAA